CUGUCACACACUUGACAAUAAAUACAUCAAACCGCAUGGUUGUAUCUAAAUUCAUCGUGCUAUAAUCAUUCUCAUUACUGUUCAAUGUGGUCAUCUUGUGUGUGGCAUACACGAACAUGGUGCACAAAUACGACGAAGAUGUCGGGUUGUCCAAGCUCUUGUGUUCGACGCACGAAUUCCUCAUCAUCGACGAGACCUUGGAGGAUUUGAAAUUCGACGAUGCGGACGCGAACGCGAUCUGCACGGCGACACAAGCAUCGCUGUCCAAAGCGAGCCUAGAAGCGACCGCCGAUUGCUGCAUCGGCACCAGGGAGCUCGUGCGCGAGAACUACAGCCAAGUGAGCAAAAGAUCCGACCAGGAAUGUGAUUGCAGCUGCACCAGAACGUCGAGCUCGGACGACAGAAAGAGGAAUCCUAACUGCGCCGCCAUAAAAACAGUAUCUAGUUUAGUAGAUUGCGUCCCAUCGAGAUUGAGUCCGGUAACCUCUACGAAUUGUUUAUGUACGAGUUGUUACAAUGGUUCGAGUAACGAACUGGAGUCCGUUCGUGAUAUUAGUAAUAAUUUGAGUUUGGAUUGCAACGAAUCGGUCGAAUGCUCGCGCGCCGCCCUCCACUCCUGUUGCAGAGUGAAAGACAUCAUCAUCAACGUCAUCGGCAACAACCAGCAGAGGAACAUCAUCAUGGCGAGCGACAGCUCGAACAACGAUAGCUGUCCUUGCGCCGUGAAAAGCAUAACGAUCGACGUCGCUGAUACUGCUAAUUCCAGCGAGUCUAAAGCCCAAGAAGCCGACGAAAAUGAUGAAGAUGUUUGUCGGUGCCAAGACGAGGAAGAAGACAAAUUGGAUGCUGUCUGUAAAUCUCUGAUAGUAAGAAAUGCAAAUGUGGCGCCCUUCGUUCCUUCCAUCAAAUCCAUUAAAUCCCCGACGCACGUGCAUAAGAACUUAUCGAGUUCUAAAUGCAAAUUGCUGGCCUGCGCAGAUUCCAUGAGGCACAUGUGCGUGGAUUCUUUCGACGCGUCCGUUUGGCUGGCGCUUAAUAAAACUACAAAUACCGAUGAUAAAGGCAGCGUAAUCGAAUUGAGUGGCACAGAUGAUAUGGACACUCAACAAGAAGAUCAUAAAUCAUCGAACCAAAAAAUCAGAAAAUGCUUCAACAGCCCUAAUAUAGCAAUUAUUCCGUCCAAAGACCAACAACCUCCUGUAGAAGCCAAACUUAAAACGAAACCAAAGUCUAGUAAAUACGGGUACAAAAGAAAUAUGGAUACGUUUCCCGGCAUCCUCCGCUCGAAGAGGAAACCCUACCACGAUUUGGAGGACACCACCGGCACUAGUCAGUUACUUUGCAGCAUUUUAUCCACCAAUUCCGUAGGAACCUCCACGCUCUUUAUCGACACACUUCCCAACCGCCCGGAGAGCAAAGACAAAGACAUCCAGUCCAACAUUGGCACCCCCACCAAUCGGCCCUGCAGGGACAAAAACGAAGGCACCACCGAUUGUAGCAUCAUCUGGGGAGAUCUUCCGCUCGUCUCCAAGUGCUUCUCGUGCGCCAACAGGAAUUCCCCAUCUCCCAACAACACCAGCUUUGAUUGCGAUUCAGAAAGUAUAUUCCUUGAAGAUCCAGCCGUUUAUUGUACCGGUUGCGGUACGUCGUACAAACUCUACAAGUUCCAGUCGCUGAAGUCGUCGAACCAAAGCCAUUCGUGUUGCGACAAGUCGGAGAAAUGCGAUUGCAAAAAUAGCAGCCUGGUGACCAUGAAGAAGGAAAUCGAGACUUUGAAGAGGAGCGUGGCCGUUUUGAACAAGAAUUUACUCGCCAAAACACCAAGCAAAAGCGUCAGCGUGCAAAUGAAUAAGGCCCUAACGAAGCUAUCUUUCGAUGGAAGGAUCAAUAGGGGUGUGUUAGAUAGUGCGCCGGUGGUGCCUUUGAGUAACAGGAGAGGACUGCUUAUCGCCACACCCAGCUGCAACCCCAAGCGUUUGGAACGUACCGAUUCCAAAGGAUUGAAGAAAGUUACCACCAAAAGCGCCAAGCUUACAAAAGGGUACUUCGAGGCAACGAACCAGAAGAAAGAAGAAUGUAAAAUUCUCCGACAGGCGAUUAUAAAAAGCGACGUUCCCGAAGGACAAUAAAAGCGCACGAACGGAUUCUAAUGAGAUUAAAAUGUCGAAUUGCCUCAAUAAAAUGGGACAUAUACAAUUUCUAGAGGG